GCCGCCGCCGCCUCAUCGAAGAGCUCUCGUCACCGGCGGCGGAAGAGAAGCGAGGCGAAGCACGCGGCGAGGAGGAGGAGGAGGCAGCCAUGAAGGGGCGCACGGGGCAGCGCGUCAGGCUGUACGUCCGGGGCACCAUCCUCGGCUACAAGCGGUCGAAGUCGAACCAGUACGAGAACACGUCGCUGGUGCAGAUCGAGGGGGUGAACACCAAGGAGGAGGUGGCGUGGUACUGCGGGAAGCGCAUGGCGUACGUGUACAAGGCCAAGACCAAGAGCAGCGGCACCCACUACCGCUGCAUCUGGGGGAAGGUCACCCGCCCCCACGGCAACUCCGGCGUCGUCCGCGCCAAGUUCAAGUCCAACCUCCCGCCGGCCUCCAUGGGGCGCAAGGUCAGGGUGUUCAUGUACCCGAGCAGCAUCUAAGCCAUGCAGGUUUGGUUGAAGUAGGAAGAGUUUUGCUUAUUUCUUGCCUUCUGUUAUGAGCUUAAAGCGCCGCACUAUGGUGAUUCUAUGCUGUGUUGACAGUUUGGACUGUUCAUGUAUUGAGAACCUGAAGAAUAUUUCCCAAAUUUUACUAUUUGUUGGCACUAAAUCCUAGCCUGCCUGUCAGUCACGACCUAUCAUCGUGCAUCUUUAUUUUCCCUGCAUUAUUACUGUUUUUAUUUUCAUCAUUCUUUCCUUAAAAGGAAACGUUCUACGUUUUUUGCUGUUAUUUGGACUUGACCUGGUGAAGGCUGUUGCGCUGGAAUGGCAGUCAAUAUAAAUAGGAUUUCCUC